UGAUCUCCUAACCUCAUGAUCUGCCCUCGUCGGCCUCCCAAAUUGCUGGGAUUACGGGCGUGAGCCACUGUGCCUGGCCAAUAAUUGUUUAAUAUUUAGAAAUUGACGUUAGUUCAAGUGGAGCGAGCAAACCGAGUGGUUGUGUGGUCACAUCUCAGAAACCGGUCGCACUAGCAGCAUGCUUGGCCAACUGACUGAAGAGCAGAUUUCAGAAUUCAAAGAAGCUUUUUCACUAUUUGAAAAAGAUGGUGAUGGAACUAUAACAACCAAAGAAUUGGGAACUGCAAUGACGUCUUUUGGGCAGAAUCCCACAGAAGCAGAGUUACAGGACAUGAUUAGUGAAUUAGAUGCCGAUGGUAAUAGCACAGUUGACUUCCGAGAAUUUCUGACAAUGACGGCAAGAAAAAUAAAAGACACAGACAGUGAAGAAGAAAUUAGAGAUGCAUUCAGUGUGUUUGAGCAGGAUGGCCAUGGUUCUAUUAGUGCUGCAGAAUUUCACCAUCUGAUGACAAACCUUGGAGAGAAGUUAACAGAUGAAGAAGUUGAUGAAAUAAUCAGGGAAGCAGAUACUGAUAGUGAUGGUCAAGUAAACUAUGAAGAGUUUAUACAGAUGAUGACAGCAAAGCGAAGACCUUGUACAGAAUAUGUUAAAUUUCUUGUACAAAAUAGUUACUUGCCUUUUCUUUUAACUUAUCUGUGAAAGGUUUCUCCCUACUGUCAAAAAAAUAUGCAUGUAUAGUAAUUAGGACUUCAUUCCUCCAUGUUUUCUUCCCUUAUCUUACUGUCAUUGUCCUGAAACCUUAUUUUAGAAAACUGAUCAACUAAUGUGUUGCACGUGGCUUACUAUAAAUAUAUCUAAGCCCCUCUGCACAUCUCAGCUUAGAUGGAGUUGGUCAAAUGAGGGAACAUCUGGGUUAUGCCUUUUCUCAAAGUCGUUUCCUUUAGGAACUGUCAGCGUGUUGUUGAAGUUUGGAGUUGUAACUCUACCUGAACUAUGGACAGUCAACAAUAUGUACUUAAAAGUUGCACUGUUGCAAAAGGGGUGUAUAUCCAGGUACUCCUACAGUAUUUUUUGGUAUUGCUGGCCCUGUACCAGAGACAUUUUCUUUUAUUGUUACUUGCUUUUUAAACUUUGGUUAGCCACUUAAAGAAAAUCUGCUUAGGGGACAAUUUGCCUCAAAUCCAUUUGAAGUUGUAUAUUUGUUUUUCAAUAAAACAAUUUAAAAAGUAAAAAUUGACUAAGGUAAUUUAUUCCAGUAACAGAUUAAAGGGGGGAAAUAUGCUUCUUUUGAUGGAUACAGAAUUAGCAUUUGUAUCUUCAUGACUUUUUAAAAAGUUCCUAGUAUAGAAGGGAGUUUUCAUUACCUAAUAAUAAAGUAUCUCUACAAAAUCCAGCAGUAAACAUCAUACUUUUAAUUGGGAUUCCUUGAAAGUAUUCAUUCCCUUAAGGUGAGGAGCAAGACAAGGGAGCCCGCCGUCACUUCUAGUCAGUGUUGUAGUAGGAGGGACGUCCUCGCCAGUAAAGUAAACCAAGACAAGGAAAUGACAUAGGAUCAGAAGGGAGGAGGCAGAUCUGUCAUUAUUCUCAGAUAACGUAUCUGAUUCUAAACCCAAAAAGAAUGUUCAAAUAGAUUAUUGGCUUUAUCAGAGAAUUUUCCAAAAUCAAUUACAUUUCUGUAUUUCUGCACAAACAGGUAGAGCAUGUGAUUACAGAAAAGAUACGCUUUACAGAGCAUUAAAGCCCAUGCCUAGGAAUAAAUCUAACAAAAGAUAUGUAAGAUCUCUGAUUUAAAAAAAUAUAUAUAUAUAAAACACACCUUAUCGAGAGACACUUUAAGAAAUUAAUGGAGAGACCUACAUGUUCGUGGAUUAAAAGUUACAGUUUGUGGCCUGGCGCAGCGGCUCACGCCUGUAAUCCUAGCACUUUGGGAGGCCGAGGGGGAUUGCCCAAGCUCCCAGGAGUUCAAGACCAGCCUGGGCAACCUGGCAAAAUCCCGUCUCUACUAAAAAUGCAAAAAAUUAGCCGGGCAUGGUGGUGCAUGCCUAUAGUCCCAGCUUACUUGGGAGACUGAGGCACGAGAAUCGCUUGAACCCAGGAGGCAGAAGUUGCAGUGAGCUGAGAUCACACCACUACACUCCAGCCUGAACAACAGAGCAAGACUCUGUCUCCAAAAAAAAAAAAACAGUUACAGUUUUCUAAAGAUGUCAGUUCUUCCUAAAAUUGAUUUGUAUGUUAGAGAGGGUAUUAGUUGUUUAUUUUUAUUUUUUGAAAUUUAUAUGAAAGAGAGAAGAACACUUAUACUCCUAUAAAGAAUGGGGAUGCCAGAAGGAGGCUGUGUGUGACUUGUCUUAACCAGAUGACAAGAAUUACCAUCAAGCUAACAUGCUUAAGAGAGUGUGAUAUUGACACAAAAUAGAGAAACCUAAAACUGGUCUAUAUAUAGGAAAUAACUUAAGACCAAGAGGCAUUGCAGUUAGAAGAGGAAAGGAUAGACUUCAAUAAUAACGUUAGGACAAUCAGUUUUUGUGUAGGAAAAAAUGGAAUUAGAUGUCUGCUUCGAACUGUACACAAUUUUAGUUGGAUUAAAGACUUAAAUAUGAAAAGCAAAAGUGUAAAUCUUUAAGAAUACAUUAGAGGGCCAGAUCAUCAUAGUCACAUUAAAAGGAAAGGGCUUGUAAAAUCAAACCCAAAAAGUGCAAACCAUAAAGGUAAAAACUGAUAAAUUUCACCUGGUUAAAAUCAAGAACUUCUAAGAUGCCAUGAAGAUAUUGGAGUUUUUUUUCCCUUUGUUUCUUAUUCAUCAGAGAUAGAUUCUGAAGAUAAUGUUAUCUUGAGUUUGCUUUGAAAAUACUCCAGGAAACAAAUGUGAAGAGAUGAAACAAAUGGUAGGAUGCCGAUCAUUAUCAAAGCUAGAUGAUGAGAACAUGGAAGUGUAUUAUACUAUUUUAUUUUUUAUGUAUGUUUGAAAUUUUUUAUUUUAAAAACCUUUGUCAGGGCCGGGUGCAUUGGCUCACACCUGUAAUCCCAGCACUUUGGGUGGCCAAGGAGGGAGGAUCAUUUGAGUCCAGGAGUUCCAAAGCAGCCUGGACAACACAGGGAGACCUUGUCUCUAUAAAAAUUUUAAAAAUUAACCAAACCUGGGCACACGCCUGUGGUCCCAGCUACUCAGGAAACUGAGGUGAGAGGAUCACUUGAGCUCAGGAGGUCGGGGCUGCAGUAAGCUAUGAUUAUGCCACUGCACUCCAGCCUGGACAACAGAGUUAAGACCCUGUCUCAAAAAAAAAAAAAUUGUUUUUUGUUUUUAAUCCAUCCUGUUUUUAUGGUGACUGUCCUGGAUUUUCUAAUAUUUUUUUAAAAACCUUAUGUGGGCCAGGUGUGGUGGCUUGUGCCCAUAAACCCAGCACUUUGGCACGCUGAGGCAGGAGGCUCACUUGAACCCAGGAGUUUUAGACCAGGCUGGGCAAUAUAGGGAGAUUCCAUCUCUACAAAAAAAUAGAAAAAAAAUUAGGCAUGGUGGCACAUGCUUGUGGUCCCAGGUACUUAGGAGGCUG